UGUUCAACUUCAUACGACUGAAUCGAAAGCAUCAACUACAGCGAUCACAUCAUAACAUUUAUCAGUAAACCAACGCGACGCGUACGACCGUCAUGGGCGCAACGUUCUCCUCAACAACCCCCUCCUCCGCAACCGCCUCCCUCGACUCCUUCAUCGCCGAGAUCGGCUCAAUCUCGUACGAAAAAUCCCUCUCCUCCGCACGUUUUCUCAAAACCGUUCGCGCACGGCACAAGAGUGGCCCGGUUGUCGUAAAGGUGUUCAUCAAGCCUGUGCCAGCUUCGGGAACUGGAAAUGGUACAGGUACGACGACGUUAAAGAGUGUUACGGAUCGGCUGAGGAGGGAGCAGAGGGCGUUGUUGGAUGUUCCUAAUGCGUAUCCGUUCUUGCAUGUGUUGGAGACGGAACGCGCUGGGUACCUCAUCCGACAAUUCUUUUUCAACUCGCUUUACGACCGUAUCUCCACUCGUCCUUUCCUGGAAACGAUUGAGAAGAGGUGGAUAGCCUACCAGCUUUUGUGCGCGCUACGGGAUUGCCAUGAGAAAGGGAUUCACCACGGUGAUAUCAAGACGGAGAAUGUCUGUGUGACAACGUGGAAUUGGGCGUAUCUUGUUGAUUUCUGCACGAUUUAUAAACCGACAUACCUUCCCUCCGACAACCCCGCCGAUUUUGGAUUUUAUUUCGAUACGGGUGGGAGGAGAGUAUGCUACAUCGCGCCUGAACGAUUCGUGCCGGCUGAUGAGGUGAAGGCGCAGAAUAAGGAGGGGGUAGGAGUGACGGAUGCGAUGGAUGUCUUUAGUGUCGGGUGUGUUAUUGCGGAGAUGUUCUUGGAGGGUACGCCGCUCUUCACGCUUUCCCAGCUCUUUGCGUAUCGGAAGGGGGAGUAUGAUCCCAUACCGAACUAUAUCGACAAAAUCGACGAUCCGCAUAUUCGGAGUUUGGUCAAGGAUAUGAUUAAUGUGGACCCGAGCAAGAGGUUGAGCGCAGCGGAGUAUUUGGAGCAGUGGACGAACCGCGCUUUCCCGGAUUACUUUGGGAACUUUUUGCAUAGGUAUUUGGCGAGUAUCACCGAGGCUGGAGCUGGGAGGGGUGGGAAGUUGGCUUCGGUUGAGGGAGAUGCAGGGGAGGAUGGGUUAUGGGAGAAGGAGGCGGAUGAGAGGAUUGAGCGGAUAUGGCAUGAUUUCGACAAGAUCUCGUUCUUUUUGGGGUUUGGACCGAGUGCGGGAAUGAAUGCGGGAGGUGACGUCGUGUCAAGACCGCGGACGACACCGUUGCCGGUACAUCUGAGCAUUCCCAACUACCCGCCAACACCACUGCCAGCACCAAGAUCGCUCCCACCAGACACUGGGGCUCUGCUCUUCCUAACAUUGCUCACCUCAAGUCUCCGGAAUACAUCCAACCCUCCACCACGCCUCCACACCCUCGACCUCGUCAUCGCCCUCUCCCCCUAUCUCACCUCCGAAUCCAUCAUGGACCGAAGUAUCCCCUAUGCGUGUUCUCUCAUCUACGAUAAAGUCCCAAUAGUCCGGAUCGCCGCUUUACGCACGGUUGCGGCGGUGCUGGAGAGAGUUCAGAUUGUGGGUGAAGCGAAUCGGGGGGUUUUCAUGGAGUAUCUGAUUCUGAUUUUUAGAGGGGUAGUGGCGGAUCGCGAACCAGGGGUGCGGGCGGCGUAUGCUGGUGUUCUGGGGAGUUUGGUCAGUAGUGCGAAGAGGUUUCUGGAGAUCGGUGGAUUGGGCAGCUCGAUUUCGGAGAGUGUGAUAAUGGAUGGGGAGGGGCAGAGAGAGGUACAGAGUUAUGAUGAGGGGUUACAGGAGUUGAGGGAGGUAUUUGGGGAGCAUCUGGCGGCGUUGUUGGCGGAUCCGGAGCCGUGUGUGAGGAGGGCGUUGUUGAGUGAUAUGCCAAGUUUGUGUGUCUUUUUCGGGCCACAGAUGGUGAAUGAUGUCUUGCUCAGCCAUCUGAUCACGUAUCUUAACGACAGGGAUUGGAUGCUCCGUUGUGCGUUCUUCGACGCAAUCGUGAGUUUGGGCACGUUCUUGGGUGGAAGGGGGUUGGAAGAGUAUAUCUUGCCACUGAUGGUGCAGAGCUUGUGUGAUGUGGAGGAGUUUGUGGUCGAAAGAGUUAUCACGAGUCUGGUGAGGGUGACUGAAUUGGGGUUGUUGAGGAAGACUUCGAUGUGUGAUCUUGCGAAGAUUGUUGUGCGGUUUACGGUGCAUCCGAAUCCGUGGAUACGUGUCAAAUCGGCGAGCUUUACGGCGGCAUGUGCCAGGUGGAUGGAUGUGGCGGAUGUCUAUUGCAUGCUGUAUCCCAUCGUGCGGCCCUUCCUGCGGAAUGACAUUGGGAGGGUCGAGAAAGUCACCGUGCUCGAAAACCUAAAGAAGCCAUUGAGCAGGACGUUAUUUGACGGAGCUCUGGCAUGGGCAUCGAGAGCGGACCGGACACAAUUCUGGAAAAGCGCACGUGAGCAGAAGAUCUUUGGCGCCGGCAAUCCAUUUGGCACGUUGAGGAAUGGCGGAACGAAUGGACCUGGGUAUUCUAGGAGAGGGAGUGCAGUGGGUGCGCUCGACCUCACUGAGAAGAUCGCAAAGUCUGAGGAGGAUGAGCAGUGGCUUGCGCGCAUCUUGAAACUCGGUUCUGGGCCUGCUGGAGAGGAUGAAUGGAAGCUGGGCGUACUGCGGGAGUAUCUGUGGCGCAUCGCGAAUGUUGGGAGAAUGCCUCGGUCGAAAGCCGAUGGUGCUUCUUCGUCAAAGCGGGGUGUCGUCAUGGUCAAGGAACUUGGAAUGACCCCUAAUACCGUCUUUUUUGACCUCGAUCCAAGUGGAACAACGAGUCCGAGGGUGGUAGAUACGAGGCCGAGCACUGUGACGCCUAUUCCGGGUAGUUUACCCAAGGAAGCCAUCAAAAUUCCUGAAGGCCGCAACGGGACACCACCACGGAUCGUCAAGAACUCCCCUUCGGUGUCUACAUUGGCUUCUUCACCCCGGAGCGGCGUUUCGCCGAACUUCUCGUCUGUUGCUGGGAGUCGACGAAGCUCGUUGGUCCCGGUCUCUGCACAACAAAUCGUGUCGAAUCUCGACAGUGACCAUCAUAGUACGCAUUCCUUGGAACAUAAGAUGAGUAUGGUCAGCUUGUCGACGAGGGGACGGGAGGCAGCGAAGGCCCCUGCCGAGACCGGUAUGCAAACUGCGACUGUGAUGGGAAGCGUGAACAUGCCAAUGAAGACAUUGAGUGAGGCGGUAAGUCGGAUGGACACCGGUUCCCCGGUAUCUGAGAAGGCUGGUGUGCAUCGUGGAUCGCAUACCUACCGCGGGCAAAACGAUAACGUCUACAGACUUCUGGACACGAUCUAUACACAGCACUACAGCCAACAACCCCUCGAGUUCGGCCCAACCAUUGUGCGACCAUCGCGGCCAGCACCUAUUAUGACUCCGAAUGGGAAGCCGAAGGCUGAGCAACCUUGGCGACUGGUGGGGAAUUUGAUCGCGCAUUUUACGGAGCAUACGGGGGGUGUUAAUCGUGUUGUUGUGGCGCCGGAUAGUGCGUUCUUCCUUACUGCUUCGGAUGAUGGGAUGGUGAAGGUUUGGGAUACGUCGCGGUUGGAGAAGAACGUACUCAAUCGGGCGCGGUGUACUCAUCGGCAGGGGAAUAACGUGAAGGUUAAGGCACUGUGUAUGGUGGAGAACACGCAUUGUUUCAUAAGUGCAGGAGAUGAUGGGAGUAUCGACGUCGUGCGGGCUGAGUACGGUUUCAACCCGAAGACUGGACUUUCGCAGUAUGGGAAGCUAAGAGUGUUGAGGAAGCAUAUGCUCGACGAUGGGGAGUAUGCGGUUUGGAUCGAGCACUUCCAGCAGGAUCAGAGCAGCAUUAUCAUUAUUGCGACGAAUCGUUGUCGGAUAUUGGCGGUGGAUGUUGUGAGCAUGGAGGUGUUGUAUACGCUGGAUAAUCCACCGCAGCAUGGGAACAUCACAUGUUUCUGUAUUGACAGGAGGCGGGCGUGGCUACUUGUCGGUACCUCGCGAGGUGUGUUGGAUGUCUGGGACCUACGCUUCCUUCUCCGCUUGAAGGCAUGGAGUAUCGGUUCCGCCCCGAUUCACCGCAUCACACAGCAUCCCGAAAGAAACAAGGAGAAGUAUCAGUCUUCUGUAUAUGUCGCUGGCGGAACAGGUGACGAUGAAAUCACGCUGUGGAAUAUGGCCGAUGAUAGGUGUUUGGAGGUGAUGAAGGUGUUGAACGGGAGGGAGUCGUGGGAGUAUAGGGCGGUGAGGGUUGAUGAGGAGCAGGAGCCGCCGAUGAUGUUGGAGAUGUAUACUAGGAAUGGGAAUGCUAAGGGGUCCUCGUUGGAUUCGACGGGGUCUGCGGGUAGUUCAGGGGUGGAUAGGAGUCCGAGGGCUAUGGUUGCUGGGUGUGAUACGUAUCACACGAAUGACGGGACGGAGCAGUUACGGGUUUUCCUGGUUGCGGCUGGAUAUGAUCGGAAGGUGCGCUUUUGGGAUCAGAGCAAGGUGGUAGAGUCUCUCAUCAUCACCGGACAGGAGUCUGGCGAGGCUGACCCAACCUACGAACAGUCUCCUGAAUCGAAGGUCAAGCCAAGGUAUUACGUGGAGAAGGCAUCAAGUGAGAAGAGAACGGCGGUGAAGAUAUCACGGACAGCAGCGUUGGAGAAUCUGCUGCAUAAUCAUCAGGAUGUAGUAUCUGAUAUUGCUUUCUUGGAUUUACCCUAUGGGAUGGUUGUGACGGCGGACAGAAGCGGCGUUAUCAAGGUGUUUUCUUGAGGACUAAGGACUAAGGAUUGAGGAUUGGAUACCGGCGUUUUUCACGAAAUAUUCAGCAUUUCCGAAUGGAAUAUAUCAAACAUCUUCG